UGAAUGUGGCUAAUAUUAUGUUGAUUCGAUCACAAUUGACGUUGAUAGCGUUAAAUUAAUGGGAGCGUUCCAAACUUCCCGGAGGCUCUUGCAUACCUUGCUGGAAUGGUUCGACUAAGGGAGGCGCCCGUAUAUGUCUCCAUACGGGUGAAUGAGUGUGUGUGUAUUUAAGAACUGGAAUUGUUGUACAAGUCCCCCCAAAAUAAGCGUAGACAUUUGCUAUUUUGAUCUCAACUUUACCAUUGAAAAUGGAGACUCGGAGGUUCGCAAAUGGUUCCAUUGCCAACCCUGUUCAAUUUCGGGACCAGCACUAUGUAGCCCUCCUAGAUGCGUGCGUUAAAUCCGGUUCACUGUUCUCUGACCCAACCUUCACCCCGGACCAGAGCUCCAUCGGUAUGCCUACCGACCCAGACCCCAAAAAGGAGGUCAAGUGGCUGCGACCCAAGGAGAUCAGUGCCAAUGCUGUGUUUGUGGAGGACACGACGUGUACCACCGAUAUCUGCCAGGGCCAGCUGGGUGACUGUUGGCUUCUGGCUGCCCUGUCCUGCCUUACCAUGCACCCCAAUCUCUUUGUCAAAGUGGUACCACCUAAUCAGAGCCUGACAGAAUCCUAUGCUGGCAUCUUCCACUUCAUGUUCUGGCAGUAUGGUGAGUGGGUGGAGGUGGUAGUAGAUGACAGGCUACCUGUACGCGAGGGCCGCCUGCUCUUCAGCUACUCCUGUACCCGCAACGAGUACUGGAGCGCCCUGGUGGAGAAAGCCUAUGCCAAGCUGAUCGGGUCAUAUGGGAGUCUGAAGGGGGGUAAUAUCUCAGAGGCGAUGGAGGAUUUUACAGGGGGCAUAGCCUACUCCCUCCCUGUCUCCUCCCGCGCCCCCAGGGUCAUGUGGAAAGCCCUCUCUGCUGCCCUGUCCCGUGGCAGCCUGCUCAGCUGCUUCAUACAGGCUAGUAACUAUCGUGAGAUAGGCACAGUGACUGCAGAGGGACUGGUGAAGGGCCAUGCCUACGCCAUCACAGACACUGACACGGUGAAGAAGCUGGCUGGUGAGGCCUUGUUGCUGAGGCUGAGGAAUCCCUGGGGCUUUGUGGAGUACUCUGGACCCUGGAGUGACACGAGUAAAGACUGGGAUGAUGUGGAUGCUGCUGAGAAGAAAAGGAUUGAUCUGAAAAACAGUGAGGACGGAGAGUUCUGGAUCAGUGUGGAGGACUUCAACAAGCUGUUUGACACAGUGGAGCUGUGUAGUGUGGACCCUGACCCCAUAGUGGAAGAGGACACAUCCACUGACCCCGACUCCCCUGCUGACCCCCCCUCUGCCUGGACCCUCAGCUCCCACAAAGGCUCCUGGGUAUCGGGCUCCACUGCAGGGGGGAGCUGUAGUUACCCUCGAUCCUUCUGGAAGAAUCCCCAGUUCCAGCUUGUCCUUGCCGAGCAUGAUGAUGAUAUAGAGAUGACCCCGGGGGAGAAGAAGGUGGCAGAGAAACAGAAGGAGAAGGCAAAGCAGUGCACCGUGCUGGUGGAACUGCUGCAGAAAGACCGGAGAAAGAAGGAGAAAGUCAACUUCCUCCACAUCGCCUUCCACAUCUACAGGGUUCCUCCAAAGCGCCGGGGCCUGUGUCUGGACCAGAGCUUCUUCUCUUUCAAGCAGCCUGUGGGGAGUUCUGGGGUGUACCAGCCUUUCAGGGCUGUGUGGAGGGAGGUGAGGCUGGACCCGGGAAACUACGUGAUCCUGGCCUCCACCUACAGUCCCAACCAGCCCGCGGAAUUCUUCCUCCGCGUCUACUCCAAGACUGGCAACAAUCUGGGGACCCAAGACUUCACCUGCUCCACUGGCUUCCUCAUGGUCAUGUCAAUGCCACCAGUCUUGCCAGAGGAUCGCAAGAGAGUACAGAAGACCUUUGAUGAGGUGGCGGGGCCGGAUGACAAGCUGAAUGCUAAGGAGUUCAUGAAGCUGGUUAACUCAGUUCUGGAGAAAGACUACCAGCUGCCACUGGAGACAUGCAGACAGCUCAUCUUUGGAGAGGAAACUGGGGGGCGUAGCAGUCUGACCCGAGAGCAGACAGAGCCUGUGCUGACCUCUCUUCGCAGUCUGCAGUCCAUCUUCUUCAAGUUUGAUCAGGACUCUUCAGGGACUAUGAGCCCCUUUGAGCUUAGUCUGGCCCUCCAGGCUGCUGGUGUGCAGUGUGAUGGCCAGGUCAUACAGCUGCUGUGGGAGAGGUUUGGCUCUGGGGAGCUGCACCUGCCUUUCCAUGGCUUUGUGGCCUGUGUCACCAGGCUGCGCAAGCUAUUCGCCCUGUAUAAAUCAGAGAGCAACCCUGAGGUCAAAGACGGAGGAAUCAAUACUUGGCUGCUCCGACUCCUGACCGUGUGAGCAUGCUCUGUAAAGGGGGUUCCUGCGUGGGCACUGCAGGGGCAUUCUAUCUGACCAGGAACAUAUGAUAACAUCAUGCCUCUGCCGGCGCCCUCGUCCACACACACACAGGCGCACAAGUACACCACACACACAAACGGCCCCUGGCCUUUGUCACCAUAAGAUACCCCGCAUAUCAGUUAAGUACUUUCAGCAAUUGAGUCAAGUAUUUUCAGUUCUACAGCCAAGUAUUUCUUUAACCUUUCAUUAUUUGAGUUUUAAAUAGUGAAAAUGUAGUUGAAGCUCUGUAGUUGAAAUGUAUCCAAAAAUAAAAAAUGUUGUAAAAAUGAAUCCGCUUUGAUGAAUGUAAAAUUAUUUCUCUGUUUAUAAAUACAGCCCAGCCUCACAUACACGGUGAGUACGGCCUGCCCUGGUGAGGGAGUGAAGGUGAUGUCUCAACCGCGCAGCACACACGUCUCUAUACUUAUCAUACUGACGCCUCGUACAGCAUCUACACACACUUGCCGCCUCCUCCACUACUUCCCUCGCUCCCUCCCUCCUUCGCUCCCUUCCUCCUUUGCGCCCUCCCUCGCGCUCUCUCUAGUAACUGUCUCACAAUCUGCCUCCUUCUCCCACUGUUACCCUGUGUGCUCUCAAAGUCACAAAAACACACACAAGCAUGUAUGCUCUUGUCCUUUCUCCUGAGGCUCCUAUAAAUAGAAGCUUUGCUCAGACACAGCUUCCUGGUCAUCUUUAGGUGACUACACACAGGUUGCCCAUGGCAACAGUCCAUCUACCUCAGGACAGAAAGUGGGCAUAGUAGACAGAUGUGUAUGUGACUCUCUCUCUCUGAAUAGCCCUUAUGCACAUUCCAUGACUGAACGUUCUAAGCACAGUUCCUACCUGGUGUGGCAUACUAUAGAACAGAAGUCAGUCUAGUUGUUAUCGACGAUAUAACAUUACUACCACUAUAUCUCAGUUUGUUACUAUGUGUCUUCAGGACUUGCCUCAAAUGAAUAUUAAUGGUGUACAUCGAAUUGUUAAAUCAGCCUCGGAGACUCCAGCUAGCAAGAACUGAAAGGGGUUCAAGAUGUAUAUAGGAAGCUACAUAGACAACUAUGAAGAUGGAGUUAAAGCACUCCGUACCAGUGAUAGGUCCAAAGCCGCUGCUGUGUUGCAGGAAGUGCUAUGUGCAAUCAGCUGGUGGCCCUUCUUUACCAGACAGCGCACUACUCUCAACUAAACAUUCCUGCUGCACCACCAGUUCACAGCUGCACAGACACAGAACAGCAUUGGCACAAGCCAAGAACACUUAAGCUCUCUCUACAAAGCACUCAACGGAUACAGGCCUGACAUGGACCUUCUCCACGUGCCAACUUUUCUCCACUUACUGCCCCUCUUGUGACAACAAUGGAAAUGUCCGCUGACGUGCCCUUGGUUGAGUCUGCCUUUGGGCCAGUGCAAGCUGGCAGUGUGCUGUCCUAUCAACUUCCACAGCUAAAGACCUGUGAAAUUGUGAAGAUUGCCGAUGUCCCUUCUCCACCAAUACUUCCAUUAGAUGGCUACAGGCUUCAGUCUUCCCAGUGUGCUUACGUCCUUAGCCAUCAGGAGCAGUUCCACCUCAAGGCCUUAGAGACAACCUACGAGAUGUCACACAAAGUCGAGGUUGCUACAAGGGAGCAGAGAAGCAACCCAGAAUGGCAUCAGCUCAGGAAAAUGAGAAUAACAUCCUCUCGUUUGAGAGGUUUGCCAUGUCCGGGGAGAGACCUCAGCUGACCACCUAGCUGAGCGGAUGUUCAAGGGAUCAUGGAGAUGAAGAGGGGGCUCUGGUCCAUGGAGCCAGUGGCUGUACAGGAGUACUGCACACUGAAGAAUGUUAACUUCUUUCCAUGUGGCUUCAUAGUGCACCCAGAUGCUCCGUGGUUAGGAUCCUCUCCAGAUGGAAUCAUCUUUGAUCCCAGUGUGAGACCACACUUUGGGCUCUUAGAGGUCAAGUGCCCAAAUGUACCAAGUUAUGUUGACUGCCCUUACCUGAAGAUACAGAAUGGGGAGCUGAAGUUGAAGAGAUCUCAUGCUUACUACUGGCAGGUGCAAGGUCAAAUCCUUCUCACAGAUUGUAGUUGGUGUGACUUUUGUAAUCUGUGCACAGGAGGACAUCCUAGUUGAAAGGAUAUAUAAAGAUCUACAGGUUUCAAAACCUAUAAGAGGGAAGGUUGACAACUUAUUUUAACCACUACCUGCAGAAGUGUCUUAUCUCGCACCUGAAUGGAUUCCCUGCAUGGGUGCCAAGUUUAGUGGUAUCAUGAAAAAAUAAGUAUUGAUGUUCUUGUGAAGAAAACUACAGUAUAAUAGAUGUUAAAAAAAAUAUGUAUUUCAGCAAAUGUUCAACAGUUCAGUUAAUCAAUUACACAUCUCUUAACAUUGUAUUCAAUCUUGCAUUCUGGCUAUUCUGUGUUUACUUGAUUUCUUUCCCCCACCCUUUAACUCAUUGCCUAAUUAAAGCCAAUACAAGCUCUA